AUGCAGCCCGUCUCCUUUGGUAGUUUCCUCGUCACAUUCCUGACGGCCUCUUUGGCAGCAGGUAGUGCUCUUCCCAACACGGUUUCUAGCCCUGGCUCUUUCGAGAUCAAGAGAACCCCCAACAAAGGCUUUACAGGCCGCAACGGCCCUCUUGCUUUAGCCCGCGCCUACGUCAAGUAUGGAGUUCCAGUCUCCAAAUCAUUGGUCGAGGCUAUUGAUCUCGUCAAAUCCGCUCAGCUCAUCAAGCGCAGCAACGGCAAUGUCACUGCUACGCCUGAUGGUGACGACCUCCAAUAUCUGGUUCCUGUACAAAUCGGCACUCCUCCUCAGACCCUUCAUCUGGAUUUUGAUACUGGCAGCUCCGACCUCUGGGUUUUCUCUUCCGAAACCGAUCCCAGUUCUUCCAAGGGCCAUAGCCUCUACAACCCUUCCACGAGCACUUCCUCCAAGAAGGUAGAUGGUGCUUCAUGGAACAUUACUUACGGAGACCAGUCAUCAUCAUCUGGAGAUGUCUAUACCGAUGUCGUCACCGUUGGAAGCCUCACUGUGAAUUCACAGGCGGUUGAAUCCGCUCAACAAGUCUCGGCUCAAUUCGCCCAAGGCAACAAUGAUGGCCUCGUAGGACUCGCUUUCAGCUCCAUCAACACAGUCAAGCCCACUCCCCAGAAGACAUGGUUCGACAACAUCGCCAGCACUCUUGAUGCUCCUCUCUUUGUUGCCGAUCUCCGCCACGAGACUCCCGGCAGCUAUAUUUUCGGCGCCAUACCCUCUGCCGCAAGCAACAUCCUCUAUGCUCCCGUCGACAACAGCAAGGGCUUCUGGCAGUUCAGCACCAGCAGCGACACUGGUGGAGAGUUUGAUGCUAUUGCCGACACUGGCACGACUCUUAUCCUGGCCAGUGACGCUCUCGUCAAGUCCUACUACCAAAAAGUCCAGGGUGCCCACCUAGACGCUCUGCAGGGAGGCUACGUUUUCGGCUGCAACACUACUCUGCCUGAUUUCAAAUUCGCCGUCGGAGAGGGUGAAAUCACUGUUCCCGGAAGUCUAAUUAACUACGCUCCGGCCGGCAACAAUGAGUGCUUCGGUGGUAUCCAGCCUUCUGGUGGCCUGCCGUUUGCCAUCUUUGGUGACAUUGCUCUUAAGGCUGCUCAUGUUGUUUUUGACAGUGGCAAGACUCAGGUUGGCUGGGCACAGAAGAAAUAG